AUUUACCUCAUAUAAAAAAGUAAAAAAUUGUAAAAAUCUAAAUUUUCUCAUGCGAAUAAUUUUCUGCUCUCUUACUCGGAAAUUCUUGGAAAAGUUGAGCACUUUGUUGCUGUGCCGUUCAUUGGAUACCAGCCAACAUCAAAAUUCAUCAAAUCCGCUCCCGUCAGAGCAAUGUCCUUCUUCGCCAAUUUGGCCAGAAGUGUGAUAUCAUCAGUAUGUAACAUUUAUAUUACCAGAAAAAUAGCAGCUAGAUUUUUUGGACUUGUACGUUGCAAAAACAAUAAAGUGCAGUCACACGCAAAGACAGGGGCAUGUCCGCCACCGCCGCGCCCAGGGCCAAGUUUGAGAAAGGCCACCAAGGUAUAUGGACGUAAAGAUUGUGCCACACAUAUUCCCAUUUGUGGUGUGAAAGCAACGGCAUUGAAGAACUGUAAGCCGCGCAUGUGGACCUUAGAAAUGGAAAAGUGUUGUGAGGACCUAUGCAAGUGGGCGCAUCCCCGUUUCGAUGAUCUCUACUAUAUACCCAGUGACAAGCGAAAGAUGAAGUACCAACGUACGUGGUUCGAAUUUCGUGAUACGUACAUUGCGCCUAAAGAGAUUUGUUGCUACCCUCGGACGAAAUAUGCACAACCAAAAAAACGAAAGCCGCGCAAACCGGUUGCGGCGUAUACGAGUAAGGUGGAAUAUGUGAUGAAUUUAUUAUGCCGCAAUCGCUUAUCGCCACGCUGCAUGAAGAUCUCUUGGCCGGGUUGUCGAGGUGGACGCAAUCCGCCACUUUGCAAACCUAAAAGGCCAGAUUGUGGUCCUCGGAAAUGCCCGCCCUUCCCGAGUUUUUCGGAGUGUCGCAAAGUUAUGAGACCGCCAUUGAGACCAGUGGAAUGCGCGUGCCUAAAAUUAGAGCCACCAAGUUGUUUGGCUCAUUGAAAAAAAUCGGAUAGGAGAUGCAAUUUUAAAAGUCAUUCCCACUAAGUGGUUGAAAGCAAUUGCUGUUGCGACUAUUGACUAUCUGUUGUGCUACUUAUGAAGGAACUUAAAAAUUUGUGUUUGUCUAUAAAUUGUUUGUGUUUGUCAAAAAAAAAAAACUUGACUUAACUGUAAUAACUAAAUGUACAAUAUAAAAAUUGUAUAAAGUUGUAUACAAAUUGUAUGUGUAAAAAAAGAUGUUAAACAUUUAAUUGGUGGAAUGCAUCUGCUGGGUUGUCCACAAAAAGUCGGAAUACAAUAAAUUGAAAACGGAGAGA